AUGCCUUCAUCAGUCUUUGAUAUAGAAUUUGCAGUUGUUAUUCUACGAAUAUGUUCUUAUACCUCCGAGUUCAUCCCUUCCAAAUCUUGCACCAUCGAACAAGUUCAUGAUAUGAACUUGGUGGAUAUCCGUCAAGCCUGUGAUGACGUUGCUAACGAUCUUGCAAAUAAAUGCACGCAUCUCGACCCUAAAGGCAGUCUGCUUCGUAUGCAGAGCCUGGCCUUUAAGGGACUCAAGUCCCGAUGCGAAGGGCGAGUGGAUGACUUUCGAAAUACGCUCCGUUGCGCAAUACAUGUUGCUCGAGAUAUCAGAAUUGACAGGGAAGCUGCAGAAUCCUUCCCGGAUAUGGGAGAGUUAGAGAAAGAGAUGCGACGCAGAGUAUUUUGCAACUUAUUCAUAUGGGACAGGUACGAUGACUCGGAUCUCUAUCACCGCGAGUUUAUUUUUCCAUAUUGUCUGAAUCCGGAAAACAUGCCACGCAUGCACCUGGGCUCCGAACUCGAUGAUAACAAAGACCUAGAUGAAUUCACGGAACAUCUUCUCCAAGCCCGUUUAGCUAACUUCUGGAAGACCGCUCACGUCAAUUGCAAUGAUGGGCAUGACAUCGUUGCAGCUGAGGAGCGGUAUGAAAAGUUUUGCAAUGAAUAUCUCGCUACACUUCCAUCUGCCUUUGCUCUACAACCCAACAGGCAAUGGGAUGAGCAUCUUCUGACGCUCUCAAAGCAAAGAGAAAUCCUUCAUAUUUCCAUAUUCGAGUCUCUGUGUUACAAUUUCCGGUCUGCGCUAUUGCGAAAUUCACGCCAGACACAGCAUCUUCCUCACUACAAGCAGGUCCUACUAGCAUCUCAGCGAAAAUUCCUCGCAGUUGCCGCAUUGCAUGUACUCACUUGUGCUUCGUCCCUACAUGCAUUGAUGGGGGGCGCUCAAACUUGCUUCCCAGACAUCAUUCGACCGACAUUCGAAGCCGCGGUACUCCUGGUGUACGUCUGCAUGGAACCAAGUUUGUUUGAUGGAGUUGAGAACAGACAUUACAGCUCAAUAAAAACGGAUCCCCUUAGAGCAGGCAUGGCUAACCUCAAGCAAGAGAUGUGGGUGAACGCUAUUCGCGACGCCCUCACCCGAUUGCAGAUGCUGGCGGAGGUCAGUCGCAUGGCGGAGAUAAGUGCCCAAGCUCUUUCACAGCUCCUUCAAGGGACGAUAGAAAGAGCGGAAGCAGUAAAAGCUUGAGCAGUAGCUUGAGAAUGAGGUUCUACUUCAGCGAUGGUUAUUCAAAGGAUAUGUGUUUAUACCGACUUGGAUUAGGUUGACUGGCCUUUUGGUAACAUAAAUGGAUACGUCUAAGCAAUUCUUCAGUUUUGUGGGUUCUGGGCUACAGACAUCUGAGGGCAGUCAAAUUCAACCUCGGCCGAUGUUGAUCUAUUGUCCGAGGACAUCGAGGUAAGAAUGGGAAUCUGAUAUGAUCCAAGAUACUUAGGAAAUAGUGUAACAGGAGAAAAUAAAGAUGGCUUCCAUUU